AUGAUAGUAACAGUAGUUAUAAUGUUUGCUAAACACCUAUCGAUCGCUUUAUUACUGAUCGUCGGCACAUGUUGUCAACUAUCGACGGCCAGUCCAGUGGCCGCCAACGAUGACAAGCAGCCCGACUACACCGGUUGUGACGGUACGGCCCCGACGUACCAGUGCUUCGGACUGCCGGCCGACUGUCUCACCAAAAAGGACUGUCAGGUAUUGCUGAAGACAAAGCCAGAGGCCGGACAGGCGGCCGCUGUCGGCACAGUUGGGGCAGAUUUUGAGGUGUAUUGGCGUCGCGCCGGCGACUCGAAGGACUCGUGGGUAGGCGUCGGGCUGUCGGCCGACGACAAAAUGGGCGACGACUCGGUCUCGGAGUUUAUCAUCGGAAAGGACGGAAAGAUAGCCUUCAAACAGGGCCUCACUUACUGUAAAAAGACGGCCGACGGGUCGCCCGACUGCGGCAUCAAAGACGUGGACGUAAAGGGUAUUAAAGAGACGUCCGGCGCGUACGCCGACGCCCUGUUGACGGGCAAGUGGUCCAGACAGGAGGACACGACCGUCGAUACCCUGGACUUUAAUAUGAAAACUAAUAAGUAUUAUAUACUUUUGGCGUACGGCCCGGUCGAUGAUAAGGGCAACCUCCAGCACCACGAUGCUCAAAUUGUGUCCGCUCACCCGGCUGACCUGGAAGCUGAUCCGACUAAAGUGACCACGCCACCUCCAGCCCCCACCACACCGCACACACCUGCGCCAACUACUGGAGCCCCCGGUGGCGCCGCCACUGUCACCAUAAGCUUAACGUUGGCCCUAUUUAUCGCUGUAGUGGUUAUGUUUAAUUAGACAAUGGUGGGUGUUUU